AUGGCAGCCUGGUUCCCAGAUGGCAUUCACAUGGACGGCAACAUCUACAACAUUGUCCCUGGAGGCUACGCCGUCGUGGGCGCUGCUGCCCUGUCUGGAGCCGUCACCCACACGGUCUCCACGGCGGUGAUAGUGUUUGAGUUGACGGGGCAGAUCUCUCACAUCCUCCCCGUGAUGAUCGCCGUGAUCCUGGCCAACGCCGUGGCUCAGGCCCUGCAGCCCUCCCUCUACGACUCCAUCAUCCGGAUCAAGAAGCUGCCCUACCUCCCGGAGCUCGGCUGGGGACACCACGAAAAGUACAACAUCCGUGUGGAGGACAUCAUGGUGCGAGACGUGCGCUACAUCACUCUGAACUGCACCUACAGAGACCUGCACAACGUCCUGCUCACCGGGCAGCUCAAGACCCUGGCCCUGGUCGAGUCCGCUGAGUCGAUGAUCCUGCUGGGGUCCAUCGAGCGCGCACAGCUGCAGACGCUGCUGUCGCUGCAGCUCGGUCGCCUCAGACGCAUGGAGUUCAUCAGGGAGCGCUCACACCAGGAGAAGAAGAGGCUCUCUGUGGGCUCCAACCACAACAGUGACGACUGCAGCCACCGCGCCAGCCAGGAAGUCCGCUUUCAGAUCUCCACUGAAGAGUCGUCCUUCAGUCCCACUCGCAGCAACCCACAGAAGCCUCUCAAACCUGCAUUAAAGAGAUCGUCAGUGGUGGAGAGGCCCACGGAUCUUCCCACAAGUCCAACCGAUAAUUCAGGAAUGGCUUUGAAGAACCUGUUUUGUGCCAGUCCAAAAGCAGAGGCUUUAGAGAAAAACAACACCUUGGAGGUCCCUAUGACUCCCGAGAACAGGAGACCGUCCAAACGAGUCCGGAUUUCUGUUGUGGAACCUCCACCAAGUUUAAAGGCUUUCUUGAGUUUGGUGAGCAUCUACUACCACUAA